AACUGGUGCGACUGCUGGAGAGAUAGGCAGAGAGAGGCUGUGCUGAACAGACGCUGGGUCAGAACGCUCAGUUGCUUCAGACAAUCACGGGGGAGCGAGAGAUCAGACACAGGAAAAGAAACAGAGAGACAGAGAACACCACAUAGACAGAUAGAUUGAAAAUAGAGAAAAGGGAGUCAGAGACAGGGGAGGGAGGUAAAUAUGUGACAGGAUGUGGUUUCCCUGAGCUUGCAGAACAUCGGUAUACAGGCAUACUUUGAGCAUGACCUAAACACACCAAGCUUACAAGUGUGUUUGAGCUCUGUUAGGUGGCGAGGGGGAAGACGAGGCAAACCGCUGGAGCUGCUGCUGCUGCUGUGCCUGUAGAGCCGACAGACGCUCUGGUUUCUCUGUUGCCUGCCAGAGGAUUGUGUUUCGUUAAAGCCAGCCAGCUCCACAGCAACCUCAGUCAGCUUGUCGGACAGGAUCUGAAGCCGUCCUCCAUCCUCUCUUUGUGCUGGUCUGCUUCUAAGUAGAAUGUGUUUCUCUGCUGGAAUUUUUGGUCCUCUUGCUGCCUUCGAGUCCAAGCAGUGAACUUUUCAACGAUAUUGUGAAACAGGGUCCGUGCACAGAGAGACAGACACACUGUGGAGCCAUGGGCUGCGGGCUGCGUAAGAUGAAGCCAAUGUCGGAGGAGAGCAGUCCAGGGAAGAUUUACUCCACCUUGAAGAGACCACAGGUGGAAACCAAAGUGGGUGUGGCCUACACCUACCGCUACCUGGAUUUCCUCAUCGGCAAAGAUGGUGGGACGUCCACGCUGCGUCUCUCGUCGGUGCGGGAGCUGCCAGGCCAGCUGCAGGAGCUUUACCAGCAGGGCUUUGUCCUGGCAGCAGUUCACCCAUUCAUCCACCCCUGUGGUCCAGAGUCCAACAGCCCUCAGCACCAGCUUUACCGGGCCAUACUGGUCCGACUCAACGACGGGGCGGAAUGGAGCCAGUCAGUCUGCCCACCGUACAAACUACAGCUGGAAGAGUGUCUGUCUGCUGAGCAGGUGCCCACCGCAGAGCUCAUCCAGGGCUACGUCAAGAAGCAGAUCCAGGAUGCUGCUGACCAAGGGGUGAUGUUUGUGGGAUUUGUCCAGGAACCCUAUGGGGCCCCAUGCACCAGGAUCAGAGAACCAGACACCCCCUCAAUUUCCCUGCACUCCAGCCCCAGCUCUGUGCUCGGUUCCCUGGGCAGCUGCAGCCCCUCGAACCCCUCAAGCCCCAGAAACCAUGCAGAACCUGGAGCUCAAGCUGAAGCAGUGGACAAAGAGGGGAAUGAGGAAGCCUCCUGUAAGUCUGGGGAAGGAGCACCGAGUGGGGAGAAGAGUCAAAGUGAGAACACUGGGAACCAUUCAGGGGGCGGGGUGGAGGGCAGUCUGGAUGAGGUCUCGCCUGCGGCGUCUCCAGUAUCAGAGGGAGAUCUGGAGCACACGGAGGAACUGACGGUGGAGGACUCGCCGUGUCACAAUAACAACAAAGACAGUGGCAGAGACACAAAGGAGAGGCCGAGAUACCGCCUGCGGAGGGGUGAUGGGGCGGAACUGCUCGCUUUGUACAACCACCCGCCAGUCCGAGAGGGCCAGGUGAAGUACUACACUGUUAAGGUGCCACUGCGAGUUCAAAACUGUGAUGAAGGGGUCAAAGGUGUUGAGGCCAACUGGCUGGAUCACAUGACCCAGCACUUCAACAAUGGAGCCUCACUGGUCGAUGGAUACUUCCACCUGGGCAACGUGAACGAUAUGCUGCCUAAGUCGGUGGAAAGUGUCUUCAUCUUCCAGGAAGGGAGCGAGAGCGAGCCGAACGUAUCCACCCCGACAUAUGACGCCAUCGUAGUGGAGCAGUGGAGCGUCAUUGAUGGUUUGCAAGUGAAGGCAGAUUAUGUUCCCCUGCUUCAGUCCCUGGCCACAUAUGGAUGGAGGCUCACCUGUGUUCUGCCAACUCCCGUAAUCAAAACUAACAGUGAUGGAAGUCUGUCCACCAAACAGGUUGUUUUCCUACAGAGACCCGUCUUGGGCCGAAAGAGGAGGGAAUCAAAGAAAUUGAUCUUCAAGCCCCGGAGCAAGUCCAACAAGAACUGCAUCAAAGACACAGCAAAGAACAAGAAGAAGAAAAAAACUAAAAUGGAGAGGGACACAGAGGAUCCCAAGAUUCUUGAUGACAAAGAAAAGGUUGAGAAAGAGGAAGAGAAAAGUAGGGAUGAAAGGGUGAAUGCCACCGAUGUAGAGUCAGCAAGAGAAAGUGAGACAUCGAAAGAAAGGGAGGUGGGGUGUGAGGAAGAUAGAAAGGUUGGUGACGGGAUUGAAAUCAGCAUUGAGACAGCGACAAAAGAGAAACGAGCAGAAAAUAGCAAAGAAGAAGAGGGAGAAGAAAAAAUAGCACUGGAUGGAGUGGGGUCAAAAGAGAAUGGAGAGCCUUUCGAAAAUGGCGAGGUCCAAGAGGUGACGGAAAUCGUUGCGACUGUCGAAACACAGAGCAAGACCAAAGAAACGGAGGAUGAGGGCGUAGCAGAAGUUGAAGCUGUGAUCGAAAACGGGGUUGCGACGGAUGAGGAAAAAGACGAGGACGAAGAGGACGUGAUCAAACGCAAGACAGAAGAGCCAGCAGGCGUAGAGAUCAAUGCCAAGGAGAUAGUGGCGGAUUCACUGGCCACACCGACUAAUCAAAACCCAGAGGAGACUCAAGAGUAGCCCCGAGUAGUCUAAGUCAAGGUUUUUCCCUGCCCUACCUCUCAAAUUCCCCAUCUUAAGAACUGAUUCACAGUGUUGUCCCUGAUCCAAAUUAAAGGGGCUUCAAUCCCCAUCGCUGCAACAUUCUCCAAACCUACCAUCAUUCAUAGACAAGUCCCCCGCAACCUGCCACAGUAUAGACACAGAACAAUUUCAUGUAACUGCAGACAUCAGCCCUACUGUGUAACCACACAUACUGAAUGUAUAUAUCCAAAACAGGAGAUUUUGGUGCAGGAUAGUCAAUGUGGAGACACUGGAAUAAUUGGAUGAGGGGGUUUGAAUACUGAAUGAAAAUUAGCUGCAUUCUUCUUUUACUUAUGAAGAAUGACAAACAGUUUAGAGGCCUGGUCACACCAGCAUGUAAAACAACAGCAUUUAAAAAAAGAUCAAAGGAAGCAUAAUCAAUUUCUUUCUUUAUCUUUUGCACAAGUUUGAUACACAAAUUUGCACCAUUAACCAAUCAAUUAAUAGAAACUAAUCUUGACAGUGUUAAACUUUGAGGCAAUGGUGACUCUGACAGUCAAAAUGGAGGAAGCUAUCGUAUCUUGUUAGCUGUGUUGCACCAACCACUUUUACCUCCUCCUAUUAACCUCCUCUGUCAGAGUAUUAACUGCUCCACAAAAGAGGCAGCCUCUGAAACAAGGGUCAAUGCUACAAAUACCUCUUUUGAAUAAACUGUGUGAACUUAUUGUCCCGUUGGCGACUGAGAUAACUAGCCAACGCUCAGACUCUUUAUUGAAUGAAAUGGUGUAUAAACCAGAAUUUAAGAGGGGAGUGAACAGGACAGUACUGAAAAAAUAAAAGCUAGGAAACUGUUGAGACUGACUAACACUUUGUGUUAGCAGUUAGCUUACAAGAUACAGUAGUCUACCAAAUAUCCCUGCAAAUAGUCCCUCCCUCAUCAAGCCUCUAGAAUUACAAAUUUCUCAAAGGUACGGAAAUAAAUUGCGCUGCCACUUUCUGGUGUGACCGGGCCUUUUCUUUCUUUUUUUGACGUCAACUUUCAACGUGUCUAAGUAGGGUUCAUUAGAUACUGAAAGAAUAACAGUUUUUUUUUUUUUACAAUAAUGGAUAGAAGAAAGUUUUCUGCUUGCUUUUGAAAAAUGAUUUGAGAAACGUAUCAAAACAUGAGUCCUAAUAGAUCUACCCAGUUAUAGCACCUGUUACAAGGUGUACUUUCACCUGAGAGUUGAGCUCUUUUCAGUUUGUGAAGUGAGCUCCAAAAUCCAAAAGGCAGGCUUGACAGGACAAAGGCCUUCUUCAUCCACACGACUGACAAUAUAAAGGCAGGUAUGCUCAAAAAAGCAUAUUACGUGAUCACAGACUGUAUCACCAUUUCUUGUUCCUUCGUUCUGUGCAUAGAAAGUUCUGAUGUGGAGGGAACUUGGAGGAGAACGCUGGUAGAGGUGAAGGGAAAGACGUUUGUUGCGACAGGCAAUCCAAAGUAGGGUGAAGAGAUAAUUGUUUACGCUGAGCUCUAAGCCGUCAAGUGCUUCAAAGAGAGCCGAUAAUCACUCUUUGGUGUGGUGUGCUAAGCUCACCUUGCAUACAGAAUGUUCCAUAUUCAAAACCAAGUCAGAUAAGGAUGUGAAAUUCAGCUGAAUGUUUGCAGCUUGAGGGCAGAACUCAUAUUUAGAUGCACCUAGUUAGCUUUUACAUACAGGAGUGAGGAUUUAUUUCCACGCAAAGCUGCAUUUUUAAUUAAAUUUCAAGUCAAUGGCCACAAACAAAAGCUCUUGUCAGUGUGGAAACAAGGUUAAGCUGUGUGGUCAGGACCGAGCAUUGUUGUUUACUGAGACCAAGACUGCAGAUUGAGAAGGAGAAAUUGAGACAAAGAAAACGGUUGAGAGCGAAAGAGAAAGACCACAGAGCAUAGAGAGUCAAAUAAAAGAAAUGAAUUGGCUCAUUUAAAGUAACGACCGUUUGCGUCCCACAUUCCCCACUGAGAUUUCCUUCAUUAUUUUACCUCCAGCUCUUUAAGCACCUCUUACCAGACAUCAUUUCUGACAAUAAGCAAGUCAUAAUGUGCUGUUUCACGGCAUCAAGUAGCUUUCCAUUUUAAAAGGGGGGUGGGUGGGAGGAGGUGGGAAGGGAGGAAGGUGGGUACAUUCACGGUGUAGAGCUCUCAUUAGCUCACUAAUGGAUUUUGUCAGUGGGGUAUCUGUCAGGAAUCAUGCAUUUAUAAUGGGGGUCACUUAUUGAGGGGGGGUAUUGACAGCAAAACACCUCAACAUGUCAAGCAAAUAGCCUUCAGAUUUACUGGUGAUGUCAUAGGGAAUCAUUUGCACUGAGGAGGAAGAGUUUGUAUUAAAAAUUUUAAAUUUAGCAAGGAAAUUACACACACUUCAUCAUAAAAUAUGUCAGAAAACGUAUUUAUUAAAAUGUUCACAUUUGGUUAAUCAAGAACUUAAACUACCUGCUGUCCUGCUUUAUACAGACUAUAAUUUGUCAUAAUUUGGAUCUUUUGUUUUAAGAGAAUAGAUGAUACCUUGGUCAAGAGAAAUGUCUCCUUUUUGGAGAUGAAACUCUUCAAUUACACACAAGUAAGAUCGAUUAUGCUGAAUAAGUGCUCUCCUUAAUGAAUCCACCCGCCGCUGAGAUUUUUUAAAAUGUAAAAUGGCAAGUGUUUUUGUGUAGAGUAGAAUAUAAAAACUGUGACCAGCUUAGCCUUAUUACUAUACUGUAAAUGGCCCACAAUCUGCUUUUAGAAACGUCUUUUAGAGGCACAAUGGUGAUUUAAGUGUUAUAUGUUUGUUAUAGUCAAACAAGAAAGUUUUGCUACAGUCAGUGUUGGUAUUUUGAAGCUGUUGUUCCCUGUUUUAUUACUGGAAUUCAGAGUGAGGGGAUAAAAGAUUUGAAGUGUUUGUCUAUAUGAAGGUAAUAUGUUUUGGAUUUAUUUUUAAAAUGUUUCGAUUUUUUAUUAUUGUGAAUGUUCUGUUUUUGAGUCAAGAGAUUUCAUGGUGACUUUGCGUUGCCUCUGCUGUUCCGCUAAAGCUUGCUAAAAUGUAUUUCUGACUGACGCUUUGAGCUACCUCCCGAGGGCUGUUGUUGGUUUUAAACCGAGGGGUCACAGCGUAUGUGACCCCUUGAAACAUAUGCUCCUUGUCCUCUCGCCCUCCACUAUGACAGAGCCCAGACCUGUGAGCGUGAGGUCAUCGCUAAUGGCAGACAAGGUCAAGGAUCAUAUUUGGGCCGGAAUGGAUUUUCCACAGCUGUACACAGGAGUUUGCACGAGCACAUGACUAAUAACCACUAUAUUGAAUUAAGAUAUGAAGUCAUAUCAUAAUAUUCUCUGUGGUAUUUUCUUCUUCUUUUCUUUUUUUUUUUUUUUUCUACUUCAUACAGCUGCUUUUAGCUUUCGGCUGUUUGAGCUUUAAUAAGCACUUAUUGUAUUCAAGAGAUAUUUUGUGCUGCCUCUUGCAUCAGAGCUGCUGAGGAGCAAAUGAGACUCAGCUGUCACUUUCACACGUUUGUCAGAAUGUGACGAAUAUAAAGUAUGAAAGGCAAUACCAAAAGAAGCCUUUUGAUAGCUGACGAGAUCAUUAUGAAUAUAUGAAAUUUCCCUACUGAAUCCUGGUCAGCUUAGUUUUCAUCAGAUUUAAUCAAUUUCUUCAUUUUCUCCAGCAUCAAGAUAAAUGUUUUAACUGUCAUCUAUCUGUUUAUGAAUAUGAAUUUAUUUUAGUACUCCUGCCUUUCUCCUUUUUUCCCCCUUUUUUUUUAAAUUUGAAACUGUGACAUUCAUUCCCCUCUGGCAUCCUGUGAAAACAGUCAGGUCAUAUUCCACUUUAUCUAGAAGAGCAGAGUUUGGAAAAUCAGUUAAGCGUCGAGAUGAUCUCAUGUGACUGUUUUUUGACUCCCACUACAUUCCGGUUGGACAUCCACAAACAUGGAUGAUCGUAACCUUGACACAAGUUACAACCGGUAACCCUGUGUCCGCCCGUCCUACCUGAGGCCAUGGCCUUCAGGGCCCCAUCUCUCCCUGAUAAGGGCUGAUUGGUUGCAGUGCAGUCUAACCUCUGACAUGAGCACACUCCAGGGGACUGUGGGUAAUUGUGAUAUUUUUUUUUCUUGGUAUUACGAAAAAGAAAAACACAUAGAGGGAGAAAAAAAGCGAGGCAGGAUUUGACACUUCAUCAGUUAAAUGAUGCUGAACCAUGUUAACUUAGCCGUCCGUGAAAAGAAGGAGACCUUUGACUAAUGUUAGACUUAAAUAUACAUUUGCAGCCUUCUACCCAUUUGUGUAAAAAAAAGGGUAAUAUACAGUUUCCUGUCUUAUAUCAGCAUAAUUGUCUCUGAGCCUCAAUAGUGGCGCUGGUGCAAUCGUUCUUGGUAAUGCUGUAAAAAAUAAAUAAAAAUGUAAUGGUUCAUUUCCUGUGUGCUACUAUGAUGUGAAAUGGGCAGAGUAGUAAUGACAGAACAUGAUACAAUAGGAUGCCGUCAUUUUUUUUUUCCUGUGUUGUCACUUUAGCUUGCUCACAGCCUCUGGAAAAUGUAUUCUUAGGUUUUUGUCUCUGAUGUUAGUUUUUUAUCACCUCGGCUGCCAUCUUGAAUGUUGAAUAUCUUUGAUCAUGUGCUGAUGUCACUUGCAUAGCAGUGUUUGCUAUCGAGGAAGAAAAAGUAUUCUUUAUCUUUGCUAUCCUGAGUAUGUCCACAUUCCUAUUGUUCAUGACAUCUGUACAAUUUGUAUAUUAUAAAAUGAUUUAUAUUUAAUGUG